UCUCAUUUGUGCCUUAGCUGUAGAUAUCUCAUUUGUAACUGAGGCAUGCUAAUCUGACUUGAAACUCAAUUCCAACGACCAUUUGUGCACUGCACAACCUUCAAUCAAUGAGCCAUUUAUUUUUUUCAUUGCCUUGUGCCUAACAGCUGAAGCAUUGCAUCCUUUUCCCUUCUUUGUGACACUAGGCAUUGCAAGAUUGUGUCAGUACUCACUUAGUAACUUCAUUCUUGCAUGUGACUAGGUAGGUAUGUAUAUGUUGUUUUUGCACCUUUUGCACACAAAUUUUGACAAUUUGACCCUUUGCAAAAACUAUUUUUACAAAUGAACCGUCGCCAAAACUUAUUUUAAAUCUGACCCUUUUGCUCAACGCCAAAUCGUAUGGCGCUGAACUUAGAUACCUCAGCGGCAAAUAGCAUGGCGCUGAAUGUACGUUGGCACGCUGACUUAUCUCCCAUCCGCCGUGGCACGGCAUUCAGCGCCAGCUGACGUGGCGUUGAGGUGUCUAAGUUCAGCGCCAAAUGAUUUGGCGUUGAGCAAAAGAGUCAGAUUUGAAAUAAGUUUUGGCGACGGUUCAUUUGUAAAAAUAGUUUUUGCAAAGGGUCAGAUUGUUAAAAUUUGUGCCUUUUGCAGGUAUCAGCUGUGCCGACUUCUCCAGAAUCUGCCCUGCGGCCUCCACUUGAUGUCUGCUGCCUUGGGUGGCAAGUACCCUUCUCCUGUUCUACCGGUUAGUUUUCCUUGGCCUUGACACAAUGCCUGUAUUCCACUGUCAUGCCACUCUCCCCUCCUGUCCUGCACUGCACGGUGGUCUGGUUGUGGUUGCUGGUUUGGCUGGUGACUUUAGUUUCUGAUAACUCUGAACUCUGAAGUAGAAGCAAAGACAGACAGGACAAGGACAAGAUAUGCCUACUUCAGUUCGCCAUUGCUGUCCUCUCACAUCGUCGCAUUCUUUCCUUCCCAUCACCUCAGCCUCCUCCUCGCCGGCAUCGGCAUUGUCCUCUUGAUCUUGUCGAUCGAUGGAGAUCGCGGCGGCGGCGAGCCGUGCCGUGGUGGACACCUCCCGGCCGUUCCAGUCGGUCAGGGAGGCCGUCGAGGUGUUCGGCGAAAGGUGCCUCAGCUCCACCAGCCGGGCGAGCAGCGAGUCCGCCGGCGGCGGCGGCGGGAGGCCGUCGCCGCCGGCGGUGCUGGGCUGCCUGAGGAAGCUGGAGGCGGAGCUGGCCGAGGCGAAGGGCGAGCUGGAGCGGCUGCGGCAGAGGCAGUCGCACAUGGAGACGGCCGUGUCCAGCGUCGCCGCGCAGCUCAGCACCGGCCUCGCCAUCCUCUCGGCCGGCGCCGCCCGCGGCAAGGGCAAGGAGCUCGCCGUCGUCGACAUCGACGUCGACCUCGGCGGCGGCGGCGGCAGGGUCCGCAGCGACCGGUGGGACGAGAGCCGCGCCGAGGAGUGGAUGGCGGCGAGCCUGGAGUACCUGCCCAGCCUGUCGGAGGCGCUGGCCAUCAAGAUGGUCGACGACGAUCGCCACCUCGGAGAGAGGAGGCAGGGGAAUGCGAGGAAGAAGAACACCAAGAACGCCAUGAACAGCAAGAAGAAGCAGCAGCAGAAGAAGAAUGGCGUCUCAUUUGUUGGAAGAAUCUUCUCAUCAAGGAAAGAUAAAUCCAGUUCAUAAGCUGCAUGCUGCAGUAGCUGCAAAGAGUGCGAGGACUUCUUUGGGAAAGCAGGAAUUUUGCAUUAAUUAGUUCAAAUGCUAUGAAAUUUCUCUAGAAGUUUGUAUGUUACAAAUGAGCCCUAAAUGUCCCUGUUGGAAUGCAGGAAUUCUGUAGAAAUUUUUCGAAACGGAAACACGGAUUAAACAGUUUAUACUGUGUUCAGUUUCCCAACAAAAUUUCUUCGGAAAUCCCGCGUUCCAAUCGGAAUUGUGAGUUUUGACUCUUUCAUCUAAUUGGAGUGAGCUUUGUGACUCUUUGGUGUGUUCUUUCUAUGAGCAAAGCUCAUGUUUGGUUUCUGAACAAGUUGGUUGGCAGGAGGUAUGCCAAUUUUUAAAGAAAUAUUAUGGUUUUUGUCA